AUGCCAGGCAAGAUCCGCAAACGCUCCCCCCUCAAGCGGCCUGAAAGGCCUUACAUCGCCCUCGGCCUCGAGGGUUCGGCGAACAAGUUUGGCGCGGGGAUCAUACGACACGAUCCCGACGGCGCCAUGACGGUGCUAUCCAACGUCAGACAUACGUACAUCACGCCGCCAGGGGAGGGCUUCUUGCCGCGGGAUACGGCGCAGCAUCACCGCGAGUGGUCGCUGACUGUGAUCAACGAUGCCCUCAAGAAAGCGAAUGUUUCCCUGCAUGAAGUCGAUUGCAUCUGUUUCACCAAAGGUCCCGGCAUGGGUGCUCCGCUAGCAUCUGUCGCACUCGUUGCUCGUACCCUGUCCCUCCUGUACAACAAGCCGCUCGUCGGCGUCAACCACUGCGUUGGUCACAUCGAAAUGGGCCGCCAGAUCACCGGCGCACAUAAUCCCGUCGUGCUUUACGUUUCAGGGGGCAAUACGCAGGUCAUCGCAUAUUCGCAGCAGCGCUAUCGGAUUUUUGGAGAGACGCUCGACAUUGCAGUGGGCAACUGCCUCGAUCGGUUCGCUAGGGUCAUCAACCUGAGCAACGAUCCGAGCCCCGGAUACAACAUUGAACAAGAAGCUAAAAAGGGGACACGAUUGCUCCCGCUGCCGUAUACGAUCAAGGGCAUGGACGUCAGCAUGUCCGGCAUUCUCUCGUCGACGGAGGCGUACACCACGGACAAGCGUUUCCGGCCAAACGGUCCGAGAGACGCAGAAGACACGGAUAUUUUUACGCCGCAGGACUUGUGCUUCUCCCUCCAGGAGACGGUCUACGCAAUGCUUGUGGAAAUCACAGAGCGUGCGAUGGCGCACAUCGGCAGCAAGGAAGUGCUCAUCGUGGGUGGGGUAGGGUGCAACGAACGGCUGCAGGAGAUGAUGGGCGUCAUGGCAGGGGAGCGCGGCGGACAGGUCUUCGCCACUGAUGAGCGAUUCUGCAUUGAUAAUGGCAUCAUGAUCGCACAGGCCGGUCUGCUCAGCUAUCGAAUGGGCAACCAAACACCGCUCGCGAAGAGCACCUGCACGCAGCGAUUCCGCACUGACGAGGUGCACGUCGCAUGGCGAGCCUAA